AUGUUCAAGAUUUCACAAGCACCUUCUCCACCGACCUUCUCAGAGCCUACAUCGUACCAGCCGAUCGCCGAAUCGUUCGACAACCCGCAUUCGCCGUCAAUCGCUAGACCGUCCCGAAGUCGAAGUAUACUGAGCCAAUUUGGGUCUUUGCGCUCGUCGCAACCAUCUAAGCAGUCAAGAUAUGGACGUCUUAGAGACGAAGAAGAGGAGUCAAGAAAAGACGGCGCACAAAAGCGGCUGCCAGAUGUUGAAGAGCACGGAGAUGAUGAGAGCAUUGACUUCGAUGUCACUGGCUUUGAGGGGCCUAUUGCCUGGCGAAUCGCAUCGCCACGGACACGCGCAGAUAGUGAGGGCACGGAUGAUUGGGAACAUGGCGGACUGGCCGCGGAAUACAACAGGCUCGAGUCGCGAAGAAUGCCUAGAAAACUUGGAGGUGGCAUGGAAAGUGUACUUGACGCGCCUUUUCUUGGGCGGUCAGACGUUGAAGAGAUCACACAGCACAGAGGCUCCUCAGCACCAAACCCUCAUGUCCGAGAGAACGCGCAGAAAGUCGCAGAGAAAAAGGGCCAGAUCUUGGCCGUGUCAGAGGAACCGGUCAUUGACAUCAGUAGUUUUGGAGGUGCCGAAUACGAGUCACGUAACGCGCUCAACGCCUUUGCUCAGGGCUCAAACGGUGAAGCGAACAAGAGCUAUUAUUUUCCGCCUGACUUAGACAUGCCGUCUUGGCGUCCAGCCUCCAUGCAUUGGUCCUAUAUCUCAGUACUCGUCUUCAUUGCCAUUGCUCUGGCCGGUUUGCAAGAGUUCCUCUGUCAAGUCUCGAUGCAGAGGGCAAAGGAGGAUCCGCCAUCAGGGCUACUAACGUUCAAACGACCUGUUGAACUUUCUCUAUUGGACUAUUUCUUGUACAAAUAUGCUCCAAUCAUCGUCCUUGUCAGCUACGGUGUGCUCUGGCAGGCUGUGGAUUACGACAUCAAGCGGCUUGAGCCGUACUAUCAGUUGUCGAAGAGGACUGGGGCAACGGCAGCGGAGUCGCUGAACGUCGACUACUUGACAUUCUGGUCAUGGCUUGCGCCGCUCAAAGCCUUACGAUUUAGGCAUUGGGCUGUGGCAUACUCUUCAGUUGGAACACUGCUUGCUGGAGGUCUGGUGCCAAUCUUGCAGUCAGCAUCUGUAAAACUUUACCCAGAAAUGGAAGAUCGCCGCCUGGACGAAGACAAGUUCGUUCGCAUCAAUCCGGCCUGGUCCCGCCCCCUGUCGGUUGCGUUAGUCAUGGUUGCCAUUUGCGGAGUGCUGCUAUUGUUCCAGCUUCGACGAAAGAGUGGUCUGCUGAGCAACCCCAAGGGAAUUGCUGGCAUCGCGGCCAUGGCAACCCGCAGCCACAUCCUGCAUGACUUUCGCGGACUUGAUACAGCCAGUCAUCAGGCGAUCCACAAGCAGCUUAAGAAACGCCGCUAUAUUCUACAUAAGAGCUCAUUGUGGCAGGGCGAGUACAUCCGACAGGCUAGCAGGACCGACACUAUUGCACCCAAGAAGCCGGAGAACCCCCAUCCACUCACACUGACGCUCAAAGCUGGCGUUCCGUACAUAAUUUUCAUGUUCCUCUUUUUGGUCGCCAUUCCCGUCCUGAUGUUCGUCCCAAAUGCGAACAUUGUCACCAAAACUCUUCCCUUCCUCCUCACCGCUAUCGCAACGUGCAUCAAAUUCUUCUGGAACACUAUCGACUGCAACGUCCGUAUGAUCGAACCCUUCUACGUCCUUUCUCGGCGCCACGCUCCGGCCCGCACACUCACACUCGACUAUACGGGCACCAUGCCUGGCUGGCUCGCUAUUAAAGCCCUCUUCAACGGGCACUUUCUUGUCGCGCUCGUCGCCCUUGGCGCAAUCUUAACCGAGGUCCUCACCGUCUGCGUCUCAUCCUUCAAUGUUGACGGCAAGAAGUUCUUCGUGGUGGACUUCGUUGACGGCGACGACAAGACUGAGGGCGACCAUGCCAGCUCCGAUGAGACCUUCAUAUCCUUUUGGGUCUCUUUCGGCCUUGCUUUCAUCACCCUUCUAUAUCUGAUCUCCGUAGCCUCACUUGUGUACGCUUGUCGGCGGCACCCGUUCCUGCCGCGUCAGCCAGGCACCAUUGCCUCAGUCCUGGCCUUUAUCCAUCAGAGCAAGAUGCUGCUGGCGUUCGUAAAUACGGAGCGGAUGGAUAGCAGGCAGAUGACGAAGCAUAUAGAGAAGCUGGGGAAGACUUACGCGCUGGGCUGGUUUAGGGGCAGGGAUGGGGAAGAUCACUGCGGCGUUGAUGAGGAAGAGAUCUUGAGCGAGUAUAAGCAUGGGGUCGAUUGGACGAAAGGGAGGUUGCUUGGGGGGCAUAUCGGAACCUGGGACCACUACUAA